AGCCGCUCAAGCGUGGUAAACAAACAUAACCCGCGGCUGACGUAAUACUCAGGUGACUUCCUGUUCACGACCCAUAUCACCUACUUACACAACUGUUGUGUGCAUUUAAAGGACUAGUUGUGGCAAGCUGAAUGCAAUAAGAACAGCCCGGGUAAUAUAGAUGAUCAAGACAAUAUGGCUUGUGAUAAAUACCUAUCAAAACAUUUCACAGGUACACAUGAAGUACAAGAAUGUCUUGAAGGUCAAGCUGAGAUGGAUCUACACACACACCUGGCAAACUGCAAGAAAAAUCCUGGCCACAAAAAGUUUGUACCUAAGAAUCAGUUACAUGUUGAACAUUUUCCUUCCGGUUACCGUGAGAGGCAAAUAUCUAACCUCACAAAAGCCCUGGCUGACCUAACUGUCAGGAUAGCCGUUAAGUUCACCAGUCCAGACAGACCAGAGUUUGUUCCAGGCACUAAAGAUACGUAUCCUAGCUACAACAUCAGGGGACAGAACUUACUGAGGACAGGGACUGGAAUAGUAUGGGAUGUGAGAAAGUACACAGAAGGAGAAGAUGGGAGAACUUGUCAAUGUCCCGAAUGUUUCAAGUCUGCCACACCCAGAAAAGUGUUGUGGGAAGUUGGUGUACAGACAGCCACACAUGUGGUUUUUGAUGAGAGUGAGGCGAGACAGUCCAGCUGUAGGUUGUGGUUUGAUGAGGAAAACUGUCCUAAGGUCAACACUUAUGGGUGGAAGGUGGUUAUGAAAGACACUGAGAGAGACGUAUGUGAGCUGUGGUGUGUCACGCACGACGAAGCUGUAGCUACUAAACUGAAGAAGAUGGUGAGGCGGUUUAAUGAGUUGCAUGAUCAAGUUUGUGAAAAAUACAAGAGCCGUAGAGAUGUGGACAAGCUGACCAUUAUAGUGUCACAUCCUCAUGGCUGUUCUAAGCAGAUCUCUGUAGGUCACUGGCUAAGAGGGCAGGUGAUGUCGGGUUAUCAGACAAGUUACACGUACACAACGUGUACCUGCCCUGGUAGCAGUGGGGCUCUGGUGUAUAGACUGGGGUGUGGCAGGUCUAAACAUCCCCACAGAGGUGUUAACAAUGAUGGAGAUAAUUAUAGUGGGGUCAUGUUGGACUAAGCUUUGUAGUUGUAUGCACUGCUAGAGAAUUUGAACAAACGUCGUUUCCUGUCUUUUUAAAAAAUGUAAACCUUUGCUUUUAAAAUAAGCCUUUGCUUUUAAAAUAUUUUUCAACAUAUAAUUGUAGAGAUUAAUUAAGUUUAUAUUUAUUGUAUUUUAAUUAAUUUUGGUUUAAACUAGAACUAGAUCAAGAUUUACGUUCUCUUCCUCCGAAUCUAAUCGGUAUAUCUAGAUCAAUUUAAACUGUUAAACGUAUUCUAUUGAAUAUUGAUAAUAGUGUUGGAACAUAACGAAAAUAGAAAAAGACGUAUAAUUAAAGCAAUAGAAGACAGACAGAAAAUGUAGCUUUUUAAUGUGUUAAACUUUUGAAUGGACAACAUGGUCUUCCAUGGAAACCGCCAUAUUUAUUUGAAAAUAAGUAAAUAAAGUAUGUGUUUAGAACUUGUAUAAUUAAAGUGGUGUUUUUACCAUUACAUUUAGAAAGAUAUUCAUUAACGUCUUUAAAUAAUAUUAUGUUUAAUGGUUUGAUAAAAAAGAACAUUAUUCUCUUCAUGAAUUCGUAUUUUAAAAGUGUACACAUAGUGCAGAUACUCUCAUAUAACAUACAAGUAAAAAAACAUAUACACAAUUUUUCGUUUUUAGUAGUAAACUAGCCGUCACGGAGAAGCCCUGCACUACCCUCUGUGAAAAAAAUAUCUGUAAAUCAUCAUGACUUGUGUGUUUAUAAAGCAGCAUAUAGCAACAUAGACGUUUGAUAAAAGAACACAUAUCACUUAACUCAAUCCUAACUCUUACUAUAAACUUAACACUAAUACAAACAACCUACCCAAACCAAAAUACAAACCCAAAAACAAAGCAAACAUAACAUAAACACAAACGCAACCUAAAACACAAACGCAAAUAGGGGCCUACAAUCCCACACACAAAAAAAAUACAAAAGCAAAUGCAAACACAACAAGCACUCAAAUAUAACCAUUAACUCAAACACAAACACCAAACCUAAACACAAAUUAAAACAUAAACAAAAAAGCAAACACUGAUGCAAUUAAAAAAGUAAACACACACUUAAAAAAGAAACACAAACGCAAACAUAAACAAUAACACGACAUAAAUACAAAUAGAAAUGCAAAAAUAAACUGAAACAAUCAUUCACACAAAUACAAACGCAAAUACAAACACAAACCUAAACGAAAACAAUAACGCAGAACAUAAACACAAAUUUAAAUGCAAACAUAAACACAUAGUUCUCUAGUACAGCCCGUGGCGCCAAAUCUCACCCUGCCGGGCGCUGGCGGAAACUCCUGGUACAACUUAAGAAUCGACUAUAUUACUCCAUGUUAUCCAUAGUCUACUAACUCACUAAACCGAACGAAGACGCCGCAACGUUCACGGGAAAGCCCGGGGCUCCAAAUAGCAAUCUUUUGGGGCUCCAGAAGACUCCUGGAUUCGAUUUAGAUAAGGACAAUAGUAACAUUUUUAUCCAUAGCCUAUUGCAAUGUUUAAAACGAACGUGUGCACUAUAUCCCUCACAAGACAGCCCAGGGUUCCAAAUAGAACCAUGCCGGGGCGCAGACGGACGUGCAUAUUUCAAUUUAGUGAACAACUCUAAAUCCCCAGUUUGUCCUCAAACUAAAAGAUAGAAGUAAGCAUAGAGGCAAGUUGUUGAUUUAAAAUAUUAAAUGGUAAACAGUACGAUUAGUGUAUAGUAUAAAUAAAAUGCAGUAUUUAAAAUAUCCGUAUUUUACUUACCAUAUUGCACUUUAUCAAUCCUUGCUAAUUAUAUAAUUAUAUUUUUCCAACACAAAAACAAACAAUUAAAAAGCAUUUUUCCCACCGAUGUUAUGUUUCUUUUUAAAAGGGAAGUAAUAUAUUUUUUUGUGAUCUAUCAAGGAAAGCAAUUGGCAAUAAAGGAGCAAAAGGAAGUAUUUUGUAAUUUUUUUUUAUGAAGAAUGAUACUUUUUACUUUGACUUUAUAAAAUUAUAUGUUUGGAAAAUAAAAAUUUGUUUUACACAUCCAUUCAUUUUAUUUUAACCAUUCAUUUAGAUGCCAUAAGAAUAUUACACUGCGAAGAUCGAGACGAGUAUUUUACUAUAUGCAUAUUUUUUUACGGUUCGCCCGCCAAAUAAAGAGCCACAGAAUAUGUUAAGGGUUUAUAUA